GGCGCUCCAAUCCACACGGCGGGUUUCUAUUUUGAACGUGGGUUGACGUCACUACGCCUGCGUCAUUCACGUCGUGUUUCGUAGCCGUUUGACGCUAUGUGGAAAGUAGCAAUGUCGGAGGAGGUUGGGAAGGCGAUCCAGUCUGUGCUGGAGCGGGUGAACCAGGCGGCGGCACGGCGGCCCAAGACGCUCCCAGCGGUGCCGCCCCGACUCGUUGCUGUCAGCAAGACCAAACCCCCAGAGAUGAUCGUAGAGGCAUACAGGCAAGGGCAGCGCAACUUUGGGGAGAAUUACGUCAACGAACUCGUGGACAAAGCUUCAGAUCCUCUGAUUUUAGAAUCGUGUCCAGAGAUCAAGUGGCAUUUCAUCGGCCAUCUGCAGAAGAAUAAUGUCAACAAACUCCUGGGCGUCCCCAACCUGUUCCUCGUGGAGACGAUUGACUCGGCCAAGCUAGCGGAGAGGGUCAACAGCUCAUGGCAGCGUGUGCGAGGCGCUGGAAGCCAGAGGUUAAAGGUCAUGGUGCAGAUCAACACCAGCGGAGAGCAGAGUAAACACGGCCUGCUGCCGGAGGACACGGUGAACACGGUGAAGCACAUCAUGUCUCAGUGCUCCGCCCUGCACUUCUCAGGGCUUAUGACCAUCGGUCACUAUGGUUACGACCUCACGCUGGGUCCCAACCCCGACUUCCAGAUGCUGCUGAGUCGGAGGCAGGAGGUGUGCGACAGCCUGAAGCUGCCUCUGGAGGAGGUGGAGCUCAGCAUGGGCAUGUCCACCGACUUCGAACACGCGAUCGAAGUCGGCGCCACCAAUGUGCGAGUCGGUAGCAUCAUCUUUGGCAACAGGGAUUAUCCCAACAGUGCAGCAAACACUCCAAAUCCCAGUCCGGUUCCCAGUCCAGCUCCCAGUCCGGCUCCCAGUCCAGAGAAGACCUCCAAGACGGUUUCAGUAGAAGCUGCCAAGAAGAUGAAGCACCUCACCGUCUCUGAACACUGAUGAACCCUUAACAACCUCUCCGUAUGGAAAACUAACGUAUUCCUGGAGCUAGGAUUCAACACAUCUUGGAAAACUUUGAGGAAUAUUGACAUAAUUUUCAGCACUAAUUGACAUGGAGUAAAAAACUGCAGUAGAUCAGCUGUUUUUGUCCAGCAGGUGUUCCUAACCUCUAGUGCUGACUUCCCACCUGUGGAAGUUGGUUAUUAUGGGAUGUAAAUACGGCUUCUUAAAGCGGGGUUGUGUGGAGCAGUUCAGAGCAGUCAGCAUCUUACCUGCAGUAGACGGGUGAGAUGAACACAAACUCAUCAUCCGAGUCCCUAAAGCCGGAGUUCAGAGUUUCCAAACUCUCUGGAAACCUUUGGAAUGGUUCCACUCUACCGCGGGAGUCGGAUGGCGUUCCUCUGUGUUCCAGGAACUUUGAACCCGUGCAGCUAAUUUUCAUGGAGUUGUCCCGGUGUGCGGAACUCGUCUGGAGUCGUCCUCUAUUCCUGUCCGUCGGAUAGAACGUAACCCUGUGGGGGAAGUUUGUUAACGUGUGAAUAAAAUAAAGUUAAAAUGAAUCGGGACAUGUUUACCCCCCCCCCCCCCCCACUGUUCCCAUGGGUGACCCCGCCAGGGGGAGGUGGUGCUCACUCCUCACCCCUGCCACGUGGACAUCAGCCCAGCUCAGUGGUCAACUUUCCUGGCGGGGUCACCCGAGGACAGUGGGAGGGUUAAGACUCGUGGUGCGUGAACGUGGCGUAACUACUAUCACACACUUCCCACGCCACAUUCCAGCUAGUCUCCAAAUCCAGGAAGAUGCUGGUUUUAUGUCAGCUGUUCAGCUCCUCCCUCUAAAUCAAAACCAGCAGAGACAUAACUGAGUGGAUGUUUUCUGUGGGCCGGAGCGCUGGACUCUGGCAUGAACCGGUACGUAUCCAUUCCUGUCCCAGACGGCCACAACUCCGUGACUUUGUCUCCGAUUCUCUCCGAUGGUGGUGAGAACCUUUGCAACAGUUUUGAGACGCGUUCGAAGCUGCCUCGGGAAACAACUGGUUAUAGUUAAACUUUCCUUUCCGAGCGGUAUUCCUUCUCGGAUCGACGCUUUUUCAGUAACCGUCUUUUAUCUCAUGACUGUUGGGGAAAAGAGUCCCAGCCGCCGAUGUGAAGCGUAACUUCAGUUUCUGCUCCGACCGUCGGCGGCGGGAUCCCGACCGGAAAAAUUCUCCGAUUGUUCAAGCUGACGUCACUCUGAAGGUUUUCUACUGCCGAGCGUUCCCACACGACCCCGCUUCAAGGCUCACUCUUCCCUUUAAGAGCUCACGGACUUGGGAGCGUGCUGUUGGGCCGACGUCUCUGACCUUCCCAGCUGAACGGGAAUCCCGCUGCAGUGUACCGUUUUUAUUCACUGGUUUAAUAAAGGAUGAUCCCUUUAGAACUCUGGUUAUUGUGCGUUUCA